UCGGAUGCAUCACUCAGCCGGAGAUGGUAUCUGCACCUAUCCAGCUCCGCUGAAGUUCCUGCGAAGAAGGGUUUCCCUUGUAAGUUAUAGAUACGCACCUGCAUGCUGAAGAUUGGGUCUCGCUAGUUCAAAUCUCAAACCUCGACUAUGGACAUCAAGAACUCACUACAUGUCCCUUUUGCCGGCCUACAUGUGCCAAGCCUGAUAUCUAAGGCUAUAUCGACCAUCCUUGAGGUACCGGAAUCGCAUGUAUUGGACGACAGCAACUUUAUCGCUCUAGGGGGCGAUUCCCUAUCAGCCAUCAAGGUUGCCGCACAUUGUCACAAAAAUGGACUCUUGCUCCCCACAGGCGCCAUACUUCGUGCGAAGCGGCUCGAUGAGCUGGUAUCACUGGCAGCUCCAGCACCGAUAACAGCGCCCCCUACACCAGACCCCUAUGCGGCGAUCGACUUCUCUUCGCCAGAGCUUGGUUCAGAUCAUGUGAACAUAACGCCAGCGAAGGCCCUGGACGGCUCUGCGCAUGACAUAAUCACUGCAGAGGAUAUCCUAAAUGGGCAUCAUAAUGAGAGCCUAACAGAGUUGCAACUCUUGUUAUUACGCGGAAGCUUACGAACCCCUUCUCUUAAUGUCCUUACCAUCCAGGACGCGUUCAAAGGCCAGAGCUUAGAGGCCAUCAAACUUGCGUGGGAGCGUGUUGUGCAGUCUGAACCCAUAUUUUCAGAACUGUUGCAGGGAAUGGCUGUCGCACCAAAUGCCCUUUUUCGAUGGCGAGAGUUGCAUGUCCCGGACGAAGAAGCGUUCGACGAGCAGAUGAGCCGACAACCGGAAGUCGACGGAUCUAUUUCAUCGUUCGACAUAGUGACGAUCGAUGGACCGAUUGGAGCAGAGCCUAACAAGAUUAUCACAGUCUGGAGGGUCCACCACGCGUUCAUCGACGGCUAUUCCAUCCAGCUCAUUCGAAACAAAGUCCGCGACGUUCUGAGAGGCGAGGAGAUCCGCGCAGGCCCCCACUUUGGCGCUAUAGUGAGGCAGAUCAAAGAUAUACAGAUGUCUAAUAAAGACGCAGCACGCGAGUUCUGGGACAAACAGCACGAGCAGUUCGCAUCAGCAGCCCGUCAACUGGUUCUAUCACCGCAGCGGCUUUCAGGAACACAGCCCGGCCGAACGGAAAGCUUGACAGUACAGUUUCCUGACGAAAGUCUGUUAGCGAUUAGCAAGGCAAAUGGCUUCACACCUGCAGCUUAUUACUCGGCAGCUUGGGCGUUGACCUUGAGCAAGUAUACGAACAGCAACCAAGUUUGCUUUGGCAUCGUUAUGUCAGGGCGAGACUUGCCCGUCGACGGAAUAUUCGAAGUGGUUGGGCCUUUGAUCAAUACUCUGCCAUUGUUUGUCGCUGUUGAUGCGGCCUUGAAUGCUCAGUCAUUAGUACAUGACGUCUCUCAGAAGAUGCAAGAUCUGAAUCAGUUUUCGUCGUCCAGCAUCGAAGAUGGGGUCGAUCGUCAAUUCUCAUCUGUCCUUGCCAUGCAAUUUAGCAAUGAUGAUGAGGCAUCAGACUUCACCGACAGUCCUGCUCCGCGGAAGUUUGAGAUGGAAUCGGACAUUCCUCUGUCCAUCAUCGUCGAAGGACAUGGUCAAGUUCGGCUCAUCUUCAAUUCGAGCUACUAUGAGUGGAAUGACAUGAAGCUCUUAGGCGAGGUCUAUUUGAAAAGCAUGCACGCACUUCUCAAGACCAGUAACCCCCUGCUGAGCUGCCUUGACAGCCUGCUUCCUGCCAGAGCGGUCAAGAACGUAAUGGAGUGGAGCAAUUGCUUCUCUGUAGAGACGUUUGAUGAUUCGAAACAUGAAGACUUGGUGACGCUCUUUGAAAAGGCAGUUGAAAGCAACCCAGAAGGCAUAGCGAUCGCACGAGGUCGCGUAGAAUUGACGUAUCGUGAAUUUGACCAGGCUGCAGGCGCUGUGGCACAUACGCUUGCUUUUAUCGAACCGGAGGAAUGCGUUUGCGUGUAUGCAGAUCGAUCCAUCAACUGGCUGAUUGCCAUAUAUGGGAUCCUGAAGGCGAAAGGAGUUUAUACGCCACUUGAUCCUUCGGCGCCAGCAGAACUGCGAGGAAUGAACCUGAAGCGCAGUGGUGCACGCGUCUUUUUGAUACCCGGACGAGGCAAUGGGGACAUCGAAUAUGUUAAAAAUAGUCCUACGAGUCCCGAAGACGCGCCGGCGCCUCAGCUCCUAUAUAUUGAUGAGAUUCUCUCGUCCGUAACACCGACAGACACAUGCAAUGUCCAAGCCUACAACCGCAGUGUCGUCAGUGGACAGCCAUUCGCUAGGCGACGCUCGCCUCAACCAGACCGUCUCGCUUAUGUGUGCUUCACCUCUGGCUCCACAGGUCAGCCCAAAGCUGUCCGAUGCACUCACAAGGGCCUCGUCGCCUUCCAAAAAGAUGAACAAGUGCGCCUUUUCGCCGCUCCUGGGGUGACUGUGGCCCAGGUCAUGUCCCCUGUCUUUGAUGGAAGUAUCCACGAGAUCUUCUCUGCCCUGAGCUAUGGUGCGACGCUAAGACUUGCUCCAAUCAAUGCCGAAGAUCCAUUUGGGCACUUGCGUGAAAGUCAAUCUACAAUCCUGACUCCGUCAAUUGCAAAAGUACUGGAGCCUCACGACUUUCCUAGUCUCCAAAAUGUAUAUCUCGUCGGCGAACAAGUGCCGCAAUCCGUCUGCAACACAUGGGGCAAGAAGCUAUCUUUGUAUAAUAUGUAUGGACCCACAGAGGCUACAUGCGGGGCAACAAUCAAACGACUACUCCCAGACCAAUGCGUAAACUUAGGGCAUCCCAAUCCCUCUUCGCGGCUCUAUAUCCUGGACCGCAACUUGCAAGUCUUACCUCCCGGUGCUGUUGGCGAGGUAUUCUUGGCUGGUGUACAGGUCUCGAAGGGAUAUAUUGGUCUACCUGAGCAAAAUGCAGCUCGGUUUCUCCUCGACGCAGUUUUGCCUGAGAGUAAUGAAAAAAUGUAUCGAACAGGGGACCUGGGAUAUUUCGAACCUGCGACUGGUGAGAUUCAUUUAUUAGGCCGCAACGAUCGUCAGAUCAAGCUGCGCGGUUACCGACUUGAUUUACAUGAUCUCGAGGUUAGAGCAGCGAGAGUGCUUCCAAUGUGCGAUGGCGUUGCUAUCUUUCAACGCAAGGAUUAUCUGAUCGCUGCCAUUCGGACUACCACUGCCACCGUAGCAUCGAUUAAGUCGAAUCUCGCAAAGGAACUGCCUCCUUACGCCAUGCCGAGACAUAUUAUUCGCCUCAAGAACUUCCCUCUUACCUCUGCUGGCAAACUUGACUACAAAGCUCUUGAUUUGCUGGAACAAAAGGAGCGAACGACACUAGGGUCGACUGUCCUCACACCCACAGAAAAGAUCAUCGCAGACGUAUGGCGCAUCGUCCUCAAGAUGGAUCGAGACAUUCAAAUACACAAGGACUCCAAUUUCCUUUCACUGGGUGGACAUUCCAUCUUACAGCUUCAGCUCGCCAGUCGCUUGUCUUCAGUACUCAGGCAACGUGUCAAUAUCCGGAGCGUCAUCCAGAACCCAGUCUUAUCCGAUAUGGCGAGGGUCAUUAUGGGUAAAGGUGCACGUCGCUUGUCCAAAUCUCAUAAUGGGUCAGUUUCCGCGAGACUUGGACAAAGUAGCGUGUCCCCCAUCGAGCGUGACUGGUUCAUGAAGUACCAGGCUGAUCUGGGAUCCUCAGCAUUCAAUGUUUCCUACCUUUGUGACCUCGACGAUUCAAAACUUGAUCGAGACUGCCUUAUCACGGCUUUCAAUACUGUUCUAUCCAGGUAUGACAUUCUUCGAUCAAUGUUCAGGCAGAGAGGAAACGUUGUCCAACGUUUGCUAUUCGAGAAGCCGCCCCAGGUUUUGGCCGUAGAUUCCUUCCUCUUGCGAAAAGCCAUCAACACCGAGUUCGAUCUCUCAAGCGACUAUCCGAUUCGCGUACUGGUGGCAGAGAAACAGCUUCUAGUCUGCAUCAGUCACAUAAUCUGCGAUUUGAAGACUCUCGAGGUCCUUCUUCAAGAAGUCGCCGCUUUAUAUAAUGGUGCGGACACGUUACCGCGACCUCAACGCUUCUACUCAGACACAGAGUGGAUGAUGCCCAUAGAAGCGGACUCGGCGGCUUUCUGGUCCCCAUACUUGACUGAUAUCGAGCACCACAAUAAACCCUAUCUCUCACGGCCUCGUACAUCAUACUCCGGCUCGUCAAAAUUAUACAUGCUUCCCAUUGAAUCCAUGUCCAUCCUGCAGGAUCUGCACUCCCGACAAGGCGUCACUUUUCAUCAGACCGCUCUGUCUCUAGUAUAUCUCGCGCUGCAGAUCGAGGGGUCUUCUCACACCGAUAUGGUUCUCGGCGCCCCCUAUCUUGGCCGCUCGGCGGAAGAUCUCAACACAGUCGGCCUUUUCCUUCAGCCUUUCCCCAUUCGUGUCUAUAAGCCGGCCAAGGAGUCAGACGUCGAUUCAUUUGUCCGUUCAGUCCACACGUCUGCGCAAGCAGCACUCGCGCACGCCCUGCCAUGGGACCAACUCCUGCAGGUCCUGCGCCAGAGCUCCGAUGAUUCGCUGCGCGCUGCAGUGUCGGGCUCAGAGCACCCCAACCACGCACUUUUCGACGCCAUGGUUACAUUCCACGACAACCGUGAUAGUCCCAGAUUACCGAUUGAUGGACUACAGCCAGUGCUAUCGUGGGCCGAGGGCGCGAAGUUCGGCAUCAUGUUUGAGUUCUCGGCCAUCAGUGACACAAUCCUCACUUUACGGCUGGAGUAUGACGUUGAUUUGUUCUCUUUCGAGCAGGUUGCCAUCUUAGGAAGAAGGAUCAGUUCUGGAUUAAAUGCAAUGAGGCAGGGAGGGAUGUUAAAGGCAGUGGAGGAAGCAAUGCAUGUUGCAAGUGAGACUGCGGACCUUGUCAGUAUUCCUUUUGGUGAGUCUUUGGCUGCGCUCCAGACUUUGGCCAAAUAAAAAGCGUAAGCAUUGCUGGUGUUGGGUUGGACUAUUGCUAGAUUUAUCAUCUCUGUUUUGACUCAGCUCAAAGUAUUUUCAUCACUACUUCAAAC